AUGAUCAGCUCUCUAGGGCUCUUGUCUACCUCUAAAACAGAUCAGAUCCUGUCAAGAUACAGGCCCAUUGCACCCAGGCCUCAGCUCCCUCCAAAUCCAUUGCUAGAUGGCCCACCAAUUGAAAAGAACAUCCUCUCUCCUUUCCUCAAAAACCUCUCUUCCCAUCACAAAACCAGGUCCACAAGGUCAAGAAAAAGGACCAAAACAUGCAAUUCUACAGCUGCCCAAAAAAGAUCAAAGACCCAUCAUCUCACACAACCCUCUCCUCAUGCUUCUUGCCUAGCCAAAAAGACCCAACUACCACUCUCCUCUCAGACCUUUGGACAUGGCCUUCCAUGCUUUCCUUACCCAAGUCCUAGAUUUGAAGAAGGCCCAUCAGGUUGUGGUGAUUUAGUUACACUUCCCCUUCUUCCAUAUCCAUGUCAUGCUCCUGCACUUCAUGUCCCGCCACCUGCAAAUGGCUCUGAUUUAGAGGGACUCAACCUCUUCCCGAAGAUGGAAGAAUGGAUACUGGAUUUGAAUUGUAAGGCAGAAGUUCCAGAGGAAAAGGAUCUGUUGCAGAAUCUACAGUUACCCAUUCCAGGCCCGACGGGUUGCACUUCUGUUAUAGUUCCUCAGCCCGUGCGGCCUAUCGGUUCGAGCAUCAGCGUCGCUUGCAUCAGUGAGACCACUGGCUCAGGUUCCACAGCUCCAGUUUCAAAGAUGCCCGAGGAGGUUGAAGAGGAAAUGGAAUCAGAGGCGUUACCGUCAGUUGUUUCAGACUCCAACAACAAGGUUAGGCUCGCCAACUCGGCGUAUAAAGAGAUGGUAGGCCAGCCCGAGUGCCCUUGGCUUGACUCAAUGGUUGCAAAGGAUGGGAGAGUGAGCGCCACAACUUCGAAGACGGAGAGGAUUAGCGGGGAGGUGAUGCUGGAUCUUUCAGAUUCCUCAGUGCCCAUUUCAUCCAACGGCUUCUCAUGCAGGGUGAAGAUAGAGUGGGCCAGCAAUGGGCAGAAGAUGUUCAUCAACGCUCCAUGUGAUGUAAUCAGGCUCUCCUGUGAAUCUAAGGACUAUCUAUUCACAUGGAGGUUCCUGAUACCAAAUUCCAAGGCUUAA